AUGCUUGAGGCACCAAAGGUUCAUUUCAUCCAGCUGAAGAGUGUCUCAGUGGAAAAUAUCGGCAUUUUGGACACCCUGGAACCACAUCAGCAGCUGGCCAUAGUGGAUGCAGGUUGCACGGGAAGUGACAAGCUUCUGGCCGAGGCACGUUACCGGAUCUACGACAAAAUCCGGUGGAUUGUUUUAAGUGAUGAAAACACUAGAACGGCAGAUGACCAGGAAAAUGCAGUUUUUCGAUUGACAUCAGGACUACCGAUUACGGGAAGCAGUGAAAUUUACUAUUUCGUUAAAGCAAAAAGUGAUGAAACACUCAUUAAAGAUGUUUAUAGGCGAUCCAUGAUGACGGAACUGCAAAGUAGUAUGGUUGGAAUUUGGCGAAACGGAACAAUCGAAGACAAACGUUCUGCACCGUCAGUUGUAAGUCGAAGACGCAACUUGCAAAACUUACCUAUUAAAACAACUCUCGUCUACACAAACAACUACACGUUGAGCCAUUUCGAUGAUCUUGAAACCACCGAGAUCGACACAUUGCCUCGAGUUUCGUAUCAUAUACUGCAAACCUUGUUCGGGUACUAUCUAAAUGCAACACUAGAAAAACGUUAUGCCUCCAGUUGGGGCUACCCAAAUGGUAGUACCGGUAUAUGGAGCGGAAUGUGCGGCGAUCUGAUUUAUCGUCGCUCCGAGGUUGCAGGAUCGUGUAUGCUUAUUACCCAGAGUCGCCUGUUUUUGGUGGACUAUCUUAAGAUGCCAAUUCCUAUGAAAGUACAAUUCAUCUUCAAGGCACCUAACCUGUCGACAACGAGAAACAUCUUUCGAAUGCCAUUCGAUUUCGGAGUUUGGAUAUGUUUGCUGGGCUUAAUCGUUAUUACAGGGACGAUUUUCGCUGUGGUUCGAGGAGUACUAAUAUUUAACAAAAAAUCGAUCAAAAGUAAACACAUGGAACUGUUGGAUGCUGCUUUCGACAUACUGGCAAUAACAGCCCAACAGGGUUCACUGAUUGAGGCUAAAUCUUCUGCUCAAAGGAUACUGAUUUUUGUCAGUUUGGCUGGACUGAUGUUCUUUGAAGUUAGUUUUUCUGCCAAAAUCAUUUCGUUAAUUCAAGCACCCUCUGAAAGAAUUAAUUCCAUACCGAGACUCUUGGAGUCAUCUCUCGAACUUGGAGCAGAUGGACAGCCUUACAACCAGUUUUACUUUUCAGAAUUGUUCGCGUACCAGGGUUUCACCUCGCAAAUAUAUCGCCGGAUUAGCAAUACAUUCAAUGACGUGGAAAAGUGCUACCUGCGAGAGCUGCAGUUCAUCCACAGUGACAUCGGCUAUCUGUCCGUACAGCGGAACUUUACACUGCGUGAACAUUUCAACGUUGGACUGAUGAGGAUGCUGGAGGUGGGUGUUUACGCUAAACAGUACCGAAUGAUGGUAACCGAAAAACCGACCUGCACCAAGGGAAUAAUGUUUCGGCCGCUCGAUUUGGUUGACACCAAAUUUGCGAUGAAAAUUGCUGCCUGCGGAGUUGCGGUGGCCACUUGCGUACUGCUUGUGGAAAUUGCGGUGGGCAAAUAUACGCUUUGGAAAACACCGCUGCUGGUCUACACGGAAUAG